AUGUUGCAUUUCCUGACUGCACUAAUUUGUUUCUACGGAUUCAUUAAAGAAUUUAAAAUUGGUGAACCAUUUAUUUAUUUAUAUCAAAGUGAAGUGUUGAACUUGACACGCGAACAACUUACAAAUGAGGUUUAUCCAUUUGCCGCUUACAGUUAUUUGUUAUCACUGAUACCAGUACUUUUGUUAACUGAUCUAACACUUUACAAACCAACGAUGUUACUAGAAGUUGUCGCACAAACCAUUUAUCGAGGUAUAUUGGUGUUCUGCCCGAUGGUUUGGGCGCAAAAACUGGGGAUUAUGGUUUUCGGAACAGCAUCUGCUUCCGAAAUAGCUUUCUUCUCCUAUAUUUACUCAAAAUCAGAAAAGGAUCAGUAUCAAAAAUUAACAAGUUAUUCGAGAGCAGCAGUGAUGUCUGGACGCAUGAUAAGUUAUCUUCUGGCUCAGACAAUUAUUCUUACGGGGAUUGGAAGUUAUCAAUUUUUGCAAAGUAUAGGUUUUGGAAUCCCAUGCUUUGUUGUCAUUCUUGCUGCAUUUCUACCGAAUGUGAAAUGGAAGCAAGUGAUUGUCAGGCUCUCCAACUCGAAUAGCAAAGAAACGGCCGCCGAACAAUCCGGUUUACCACAGACGUAUAGUGCAUAUGUACAAUACCAGUUAUGCUUAAUGCGUCAUAAUAUAACUCAUAUAUAUCAGAUUGCUGCCAUCCGAAAGUGGUCCAUAUGGUGGGCACUAACAACAUGCAUGUCACUUCAGGUUGCUCAAUAUGCUCAAUCACUUUGGGGUGAAGUACAACGUGGUGACACGAAUUCAUUAAAUGGUUUCGCGGAAGCUAUGUAUACUGCCACAGCUGCCAUAUCGAUUUUAAUAUUGGGUUUAGCUAAAAUAAAUUGGGAUAAAUGGGGUGAACUGAUGCUGGCUACGAUUUCUUUGAUUGAUACGUUAAUAUUAAUUGUAUAUUCAAGAGCACAAUCCAUAUGGAUUAUGUAUGUUUGUUAUAUUGGCUAUCGAAGUUUGUAUCAAGUGAUGAUUACCAUUGCGCAGUGGAACUUGGCAAGGAAAAUGAUCGGUGAAUCAUAUGGUUUAGUAUUUGGUUUGAAUUCGUUCACUGCCCUGUUGCUUCAAACAUUACUCACCAUCAUUGUACCUGAUCAACACGGACUUAACAUGCCUGUUAGGCAACAAGUAACCAAUUUAUGUACAGCAUUAACUAUUGAAUUCGAAGUGGAAAAAACUCACUUUCCUUGGAAAACAUAA